UGUAAUUAAGUAUUUUGUUAAUAAUAAUUUCUUAUACAAUAAAAAAAAACCAUUUGUUUGUUUCAAUAAUUUUGAAUAUGGAAAAUUGGAAUGAAGAGAUUGUUUCUUUUUAAAUUAAUUACUUACAGUGAUUCAAUUCAUUUAUUACAAAUGAGCGAUGCUCUCUUUUAAGACUAUAUUGCAACAUUUCUCCCAAGAAAAUCUCUUCAACAUUUUGUUGCGUUUUUUGCAAGAGAAUUCAAUGAGUCAUAAAAAUGCAACAGGCAGUCGGCAGACAAACUGAAUUGCUCAGUUUAAAGAUAGUCACAAUGCGUGCUGAAAUACCGGAAGAUUUAAGCUGUCCCAACUGUGAAGCUAAACCCAUGAUCCUGGAAAGUCGUUUGACUAUAUCUCAAAUGAAGAAAUUAAAGAUGGAUUUUUGUGCCUUGUGCUGCUGCCGACGAUAUUGCAGAGUUGGCAUGUAUAAGCGAGUAUACAAAUGCCGCUCCUGUGGCUGGGAAAGAGAUGAGAUCUAUCUACCCGUAUAUUCAUAAGAUACUUCUUUACAAUAACGUUGUAAGACUUCGGUCAGCUGUUGCAUUUUGUGCUUGUUGCUUGCAUACAUAAUACAAGUUGAGCAGGCCUUGAGCUUUUAAGACGGUUGAGCUUUGAAAUUGUAUCUACAAAGUCUGAAAGUUGGAUAAUGUUUAAUAAAUUGAUUAAUAU